AUGGAAGCGGCAGAAAUGACGUCGUCAGAACGGGAGCGGUUAGACCUGGGCUCCUGCGAGGCGCUGGAAUCCGUCCUGAAGACGCUGAGCUUCCGUUCCAUCAGUCUGAACGAGGCAACGCUGCAGGAAAAUGGAGCGGCCGCGUCGCUGCUGGAGAUGAUUAUGUUCUACGACUCGGCGGUUCGUCUGGAUCUGUCGGGGGUCGGUGGGAUGGAGCCGUCGGCCUGGAGGAGCCUGGCGCUGCUGCUGAAGCAGAGUCCCCGUCUGUCCCAUCUGGACCUGACUGACGUGUCCCUGGUCCACGGUCCGGUCCACGGUCCGGUUCAGGUUCUGUCCAGAGUUCUGCCGUCCAGCCGGAUCUCGGAGCUUCAUCUGGACGGAACCGGUCUGAGCGGGAGACCGUUGUUUACGCUAGUCGGGGCUCUGAGGACCAACCGGUCUCUGCGGCGGCUGCACCUGAACAACAACCGUCUGAACAGCUACCAGGACGCGCUGCAGCUGGGAGACCUGCUGCGGUUCAACUCCACGCUGGAGACGCUGCAGCUGAGAGACAACCUGCUGGAGGACGACGGUCUGGAGGAAUUGUGCGACGGUCUGCUGCGUCAGAAGGAAGAAGGUCUGAAGAUUCUGCUGCUGAACAACAACCACAUCACUGAGAGAGGGAUGGAGCCGCUGGCCAGAGUUCUGCCGGUCCUGAAGGUCCUGCAGGUCCUGGAUCUGGGUCAGAACCUCCUGGGGAACGAGGGCGUGCUGGUGAUCCGGCAGCCGCUGAUGGUGAACAGCUCGCUGCUGCAGCUCGGCCUGAAGAGAACCAACAUCAGCUGUGAAGGUGCCGUGGCGCUGGCCGAGGUCCUGGCCGAGACCCGGACCCUGCAGGUUCUGGACCUCCGUCAGAACCGGGUGAAGGUCGGGGGCCUGAUGGCCCUGAGUCUGGCCCUGGGGAUCAACCGGUCCCUGGUCUCCCUGGAGCUGGACCUGAAGCUGGACCUGGACCGGGACCUGGAGAGCUCCAACGAGGAUUUACUGCCGCAGUUCUGCACGACCCACGUCUGCGGCUAG